AUGGUAAUUCACUCUGUGAGAGCGCGGGCGCACUUAAAAUCACGAUAUGGCACAAAAGUGAAGACAAUCGGUGCAGGGAUCGGUGGAACAGUUGACUUAUACCAAGCUCGCGAUAAAUACGUUGCCAUCAAGAUAUUUGACGACCGCGAAAGCUACGAGUCUGGAAAUGAAUAUGAGUCACGUGUGACUGCUGAAUACACACUUCUGCAAAAGCUCGAUCACCCCAAUAUCCUCAGGGUGGUGGAAUGUGUGGUAUCACUUCCUCGGCGACGGAAAGUCUACUUGGCCAUGGAAUUUUACCCUUUGGCAUUUCAUGAUUUGAUAAUGCAGAAAUCAACUCCUCAGGACGAUCUGUUGUGUUACUGGAGCCAGAUCUUGGAAGGAGUUGCUUAUCUGCACUCAUGCGGCGUGGCACACCGUGAUCUCAAGUUUGACAACGUCGCAGUCGAUGCCACUGGAACAAUCAAGCUGAUCGACUUUGGAGCUGCCACGUGCAAUCCUGUGGCCUAUGGAAUGUGUGGCUCAGAGUCCUUCCAGGCCCCAGAGGCAUUCUCCAAGAUAUCAUACUCUCCGAUACCAACAGACAUCUGGAGUCUUGGCAUCAUUUUGUACCACAUCCUAGCCGGCAAAUUUCCCUGGCAGGCUGCAAGACGCGCAGACCCUGACUUUGCAGCCUUUCUGGAGUCCAAUAUUGUCGGUUUUGAUACAGAACACGAAGCCCAGAAUUUGGUGCGCGCGUGCCUUGAGAUUGAUCCGGAGAUUCGAGUGUUGACAGCAGCACUCCUAGAACAUCCGCUACUGGACAAGCUUCCUUGUUGCUCCAAAAAUACACAUAGAAAACAUCAACUGUAG